AUGCGGGGGACGUGGCUGGCGCUCCUGGCGCUGGUGCUGGCCGCCUUCGGGGAGCUCGUAAUGGCCCUACAAUGCUACACCUGUGACGAACCCAUGGAAGUGUCCAGAUGUGUCACUGUCACCACCUGCAGCGCCAAUGAAACCAUGUGCAAGUCCACACUCUACUCCCUGGAGAUUGUGUACCCCUUCCUGGGGGACUCCACAGUGACCAAGUCCUGCGCCAGCAAGUGUGAGCCCUCAGAUGUGGACGGCAUCGGCCUGACUCGGCCAGUGUCCUGCUGUAACACUGAUCUGUGCAACAUGGAUGGAGCACCCGCCCUGGGCAGUCCCCACAGCCUGGCCCUCGCCCUUGUGCUUGUCCCCCUUUGCAGCCUCUGCCUCUAG